UCCCAACAACGCUUAGUACACCAGACUCCUCGCUCACCUCCUGUUGUCCGAUGUGCGCGUAAAAAAAAAGAAUUCCACCACCACCCAUUAAAAUUAGCAUAAUUGCGUUGGAAAAUUGCAAUUAUUUGCACCGCGAAAAACAAAACCCACAGCUUCUCAUCCGUGUGGUACGUCCGGGCGUUGAUGCUUGCCCUCGGGCGAACACUUAACUUUCCCGGCCCCGUCCCCGUCCCCCGCCCGAGUGUCCCGGAUAGAAACACGCGACCGGAAGCAACCCGUAACGAUCGUUCCUGUUACACGUCCAGCACUUUCCAUUGCGGAAGUAAUAAAAUAGAAUGAAUUACAACCCGCCGGAAGUGUGCGGAAACUCCACUCCUUACCGGAGUGGGAAAUGUUUAACAAAAAAAAAGAAGGGGAAAAGCGCACCACAUCAAUGCUUUUUGGUGUCUAUGCAUGUUGUAUAGCAGGCAGAACAGAAGCCUGCACAUGGAUCCGUUGCUAUCCUUCAUCUUUACGUGGGAAUAUCUGCCCGGUGCAGGCCCGGCUCGUUCAAACUGGAAGCAUAUUAAUUAAUUUUUCAAGAAUCUACCUACCCACCGCGGGUGGGGGAAAACCGUUUUUGCUUGCACGCCGCUGCACGUUCACGUGCGGGAAAAAUUUAUCACUUCUUUUAUCACCUUCCGACUCCCGGUGGUCCACAGGGUCACCUGCAAUUUACAUUCGGAUGACCUCCAAUCGUACUGCCAGCUCCAAUCGUACCUUCCGCUCAGCUGACUGUGACGCGGUGCGUUGCGAUAUGGAGAGCGAACGAAAAAAAAACUGUCCCCAUCCAUACAUGCCGUGAGCCAUCCUCCAGACUGUCUUAGCCACAAGGCAGAAUCAUCGUUCGGUCGUGAAGCGAUCGCGUAAUUAUUGCAAAUUAAAUUAACACCUUCUUUUCUGCGUCUCGUUCCCGGACCCGUCGGUUUGCAGUUGGUCCACCGUAUCAGAUGCCUUCCCAUCCGUAGGAGAAGCUCGUGAUAUCGACAGCACCUAUUCAUUGCGUCUAUUCCCCUGCUCGCCAGACAAAGGCACGACCAAAGUGAAGUGAUAAUUGGCCGCUAGGCGUGUGUGUGUUAUGGGCGGCCAGUACCGUGCCGAACUCCGUCCGUCAUCCAAUAAAACACACCACAGUGUCUAAUCGGUGCUCGCCGAAAGUAGAACCGGGUCAGCAAUAAUACCGCUUAGUAAGGUGGUUAAUUGUGAGUCCGAAACUUCAUACCCAUACCGGGCGGCAGACCAGUAGCUGCAAGUGAAGCGUUACGAUCAUUUACCGUGCCAGACCGUCAAAUUAAUUGAUUAACUCGGACGGACCGUUUCGGGGUGUAGCCCGCUGAUGAUGGCACUCGGACGAAGGUUGUACGCGUUGGUGCUAGUGAUCGGUUGUGCACUGGGGCAGCAAACUAGCGAGGACAGCCAGCCGCCGUUUGACAGUCUGAGCCCCCCGACACCCUCGGUACCGACGGUGGCGGGUGAAAAGCAGUUCCGGGUGGUGUACGAAUGGAAUGUGCUUGACUUUGCCUUCACGAAUGAGGAUGAACGGGCGCAUGCCCUGUACGGUGGACACUACAUCCCGAAGAACGUGCUCAUCUCCGACUGUAAGCCGUUCGCGAAUCGACUCUAUCUGACCAUUCCGCGCAUGCUGCCAGGAGUUCCGGCAACGCUCGGGUACGUCGUACGGCCGGAUAACAAUGGACGCACCGAUCCGGAGAUUGUGCCGUAUCCGUCCUGGGAGAUGAACGAGCGCGGUAACUGCUCGGCGCUACAGUUUGUCCAAGGUAUCGCCGUCGACAAGAAUGGCAUCAUGUGGGUCGUCGAUUCUGGACGCACCGAAACAUUAACGCGUGGUAAAGAUCAUGUCGUCUGUCCCCCCAAGAUCUUGUUGCUGGAUCUGAAACGCAACGGCACCAUCGUGCUUCGCUACCAGUUCCCGGAGUCGGUUGUGCCAGCGGGCAAUAAUUAUCUCAACAAGAUCGUGGUAGACGACGCGUUCGGAGGGUUCGCUUACAUCACCGACAACAGUGGGGCCGAUCCAGGCAUUGUGGUAUUCUCGCGACGACUCAUCAGGUCGUGGAAGGUGCGAGAGAACAACUCGAUGCGUGCGGCCCGUAAUGCGGUCCGGUUCGGCGUCAACGGUACGGAGUUGAACUUCUCGAUCCACAUCGACAGUAUCGCGCUCGGUCCGUACUACAAUCCCAACCUAUCGCCGGACCAGCCGGUUGUGGAUACGCUUGUCAACAGCCAGAACUACGAGCGUAACGUGUACUACAGCCCACUGUCCAGCUAUCACGUCUAUUCGCUGCCGGCCUCCCUUCUGCGCGACCCGGAGUACAUCGGGCGGGCGACCCCGCGUGACAUUCUCGAAGCCGUCGUAGACUACGGUCGGAAGCAGUCGCAAACGGACGGCAUGUUUAUGGACAACCAGGGUGUGCUGUACUACGGGCUGCUCGGCGAGCACGCCAUCGCCAAGUGGGACAGCUACAAACCGUUCACCCCGGAAAACCAGCAGAUCAUCGCGAAAGAUGCCACCUACAUCCAGUGGGUGGAUAGCAUGGGCAUUGACCACGAAGGUUACCUGUACGCGGUGGUUAACCGACUGCACAACUUUGUUGCCGGCCGCCUCAACCCGCUCGAGGUGAACUUCCGCAUACUGCGUGCGAAAACGGGCGCACUCAGCUACGUCUACACGCCGGACAAUUUGUUCAACAGCGACGGAAAGUUCCUGUACACGGGUGCGACCGGCGAACGGUUCGCCGACAACGGGUUGCAGUACCAGUACGAAGGUACGACGCCGGCCUCGAGCCGUUUGGCGGCGGCGGGAAUACUUGGUGCGAGCGGUGCCACGGUGCCACACACCUCCUUCGCUGGAUUUAUCGGUGUCCUUGUGGUGUGCGUCGUGACCAGCAUGAUUGGCCGGUGCAGCGUUGUUUAGGGCGGAUGAUAUUGGAAUCUUCGACCGAGUUGACAUCAUCGCACGCAAGGACGAAUCCAACAGUCAGAUAUGGGGAGUGGAGAAAAACAGCUCCCUCCCGUUCUUCUCCGCCACGUUACCAGUACUUCCGUAUCAGUAUUUGUAUAUAUAGUUGAGCUUAAGUGUAAAUAAGCGAAGCGUGUUCGCUGCUACCGUUCUUGGAUUUCAUGUUGACUUUUUAACGAGGACUCGCUUCGGAAAUAAAAAUGGUUAUUUUUUACGACAA